CAGGAUGAAAGGAGACUGGCGAUUUGUCGGACUAAAGUUUUAUUAACUAUAUCAAGCUGCAUUCAAUUUUUGUUCUGUUUUUAAUAGCGCAGGAAUCUAGUUUGGCAUUCCUUAGAUUAUGUUUGCUUGCAGAUUUGCAUGCUUGCAAGAUUUAUAACAUGCAGUCAAGGUGUAAGGCUUCUAUAUGUGCAUUAAUGCAUGCAUUUUUGGGGUGGAUUUGCAACUGUUUAGAGUCUUAACAGCAUAUCAGAAUCAAUUUAGAAAGUGCUCAUAUGAUAUUCCACUUGAAGUCGUGUCAAAUCAAAGAAAGGAUGUGCAUUGCAUAGUGCAAAGUGAAUGGUAUAUUUGUGCAAGGUGGAAAAAUAGCUAUGCGGAAAAAGUGCAUUGCUAAAUUUAAAUAGGGGAGGUCCUGCAGUGAGCAUGCUAGUCUGCGCUGUGGGUGGUACUGAGAGGUGAGAUUAUAUAGUAUGUUGGUGUGCAAAAGGCCACGGCCCCUUAAUAGAGCAGCACUUCCUUUGCUUUCAGAACAGCAAGCGUUUAUUCCGAUCAGAAGGCAGUGGGAGGUUAAAAAAUGACUUGCUUUGUAAGCUGCAUAUGAAAUUUUAGGUAAAUAACAGCGCUGUUGCUUUGUGUACCAGAGCAUGUAUUAUUUAUUAUAUCAGCUGUGUUGCUGGCAUCAAUAAAAUAGGAGGGUUUUCACUUUGUGUGCAUGCAAUGCGAUAGGGAAAAUGAUGCAUUGUCCCAUAAUGAACUACAGAAUCAACGUUUUUACCUUUUAUGUUAUCAGCUCUCCCCUAAAAGCGUAGGAAUGUUUUACAGAAUAAGCUCAUGCAUUGAAAAUGUUAGAAAGUUUCAACGGUGUUAGCGGGUGCAGUGAUCGUGAGCGUGGGAAAUGAGGGGGCACAGCGAGGGCAGAGGCAGGAUGAACGAGAGAGGCUGAUAGAGAAGGCACGUAGGCUGAGAGACUGUCAUAAACUCUGAACAAACCUAUUUCAUUCAUGCUUCAUUCUGCGAACGACUGCCAUCAAGUAUAUUACAAUGAUCAGCUGAGUUUGAAACGCCUCAGAGGACUCAGAAGAAGGGAAGAUGACUCUUGCGGCAUACAGAGAGAAGAUGAAGGAGCUCCCUCUAGUGUCUCUCUUCUGCUCCUGCAUCCUUCCAGAGCCUCGGGAGAAGCCCAUCAAGAAAACACAAGGUACCUUUAAAGAUGUUGUGGACCUCAACCUGGGCAUUAUUAAAGACAUGGAGGUGAUCGAGCUAAACAAGCGGUCAUCGGGCCAGGCCUUUGAGGUCAUCCUCAGACCUCCAUCUUUUGACGGUCAGAGGGAAUUCCAUCCCACUUUCCCACCUCGCAGAGACCCCUCACUGGAGGAGAUUCAGAAGAAACUGGAUGCAGCUGAAGAGAGAAGAAAGUGUCAGGAAGCUGAACUUCUGAAGCACUUGGCUGAGAAGAGAGAGCAUGAACGAGAGGUGGCCCAGAAAGCCAUAGAGGAACACAACAACUUCAUCAAGAUGGCCAAAGAAAAGCUGGAGCAAAGAAUGGAGAUUAACAAAGAGAACCGGGAGGCCCACAUCGCUGCCAUGCUGGAACGUCUUCAGGAGAAGGACAAGCAUGCUGAGGAGGUGAGGAAAAACAAGGAACAGAUGGAGCUGGACUGGCAGUAGAAUGACAUGAAUCAAGCGCAUUUGUUGUCCAGAAAAUUCAAGAAAAACAACAAAAUAAGGCCUAGCGGGUCCUAGUGAUGCUAAGAAAGGCUGUUUUUUUCGAAUUGGCAAUGAUUCGAAGGCCUGUCAUAUGAUAUUUGCAGCUAAAGACAACAUUCUUAUGUGUGCUGCCAGGCGAUGCACUGUAUAUCAUGGAUGAUGAAUUGGGAAUCAAUUAGAAAGCGUGAAAAAGUCGUUUGAUUCAUAUGCUGCCAAACUGUGUUUUGCAUCAUCUAUCCCUUUAGACUUUGAUAAUGGCUUUGCAUGCACUGAUAGGAUAAUAAUAAUGAACAACAAAACAGAUUAUUAAUGUCGUACUGCUGUGAAUUAGCUGUUUGUAACACUGUCAUUCAAAGUGAUGUGCACUUAGUACUGUAGUUUGGCUUUGUAUUUGUGUGUCUUAGUGUUGGUUUCUUGAAAGAAUCGUUAGUAGAAUAUCUGUUAGUUACCUGGCAACAAAUAGUGUAUUAAAUGUGGCCGAAAUCAGCUUUUUAAUGCAUGCAUGCCGUGAUGCACUCGAUAAAACUUGUGAAAAGCCA